AUGAUGAUCUCUCGUGGUUCGGUAGAAAUAGUGGUACCAUCCGAGUGUUCGCAUCGUUCAUUCCUAGCGCCUAUGGACUCAGUAACUUGUGGGGAAUGUUUCUGCACGAUGACGGCUGCAUCGUUCACCGCUGCGGAAGCAUAUAGAAACGGAGGUGUAUCAAAGGAGCUUGCUAUGACUCUCGAUAACGGAUUGGACUUCCCCUUCACUGCGAUAUUUGAACUGACAUACAGUGAAACUAUGCAAGCUCUGCAAGGAGGUGCAAUAGCUCCAAGGAUAGAUCCGGCAGCAUCCUAUUUCGGAAAUGGUUUGAGAAGUACCGACCCACCGCGACUGGCUCCACGACCGAUAGUCAGCAGUGCACGAGUUGCUACCGUAGCUCCACUGAACGAGCUUUGCCUAUUUUGAAGGUGAUUUGACAAUGUUCGCGCUGAGAGACGAAGAAACAGGUCCAUUGGCAGCAAAGCGAGCGCUAUUGCCUGUCCAAAGAUCGCGAUUCCAUGAUCCUACUGCAAAGUGCAAGGUGUGCGAAGCUCCUAUGCCGUCAGCCCAGAUCAUGUCAUUGGACGGGCUGCAUAAGAAUGGAAUGGUAUGUUUCUGUCCUAUCGUAGUUUCGAGGUCAGACAAAAUAAUACUUUGUCCAAAAAUGGUUCUGUCUGGACUGUGCCAGUGCGCAGAUGGACGAGAUUGAAGCGAUGAAGCAUUACCUCGCUGUGCACGUCAAAGUUGCCGAGCAGAAAUGUGUUGAGAGAGGUCAGCUGCUUCCUUUUGCUUCUUUCUUCCUGUUGAUUUUUACUUUGCUUGAAUAUACAAAAAAGAGAUUGAU